UAAGGCAACAGAAUGCCCCCUGGGGUGGACUGCCCCAUGGAGUUCUGGACCAAAGAAGAGAGCCAGAGCGUGGCUGUUGACUUCUUGCUGCCCACAGGGGUCUACCUGAACUUCCCGGUGUCCCGAAAUGCCAACCUCAGCACCAUCAAGCAGGUGCUCUGGCAUCGCGCACAGUAUGAGCCUCUCUUCCACAUGCUCAGUGACCCUGAGGCUUAUGUGUUCACCUGUGUGAACCAGACAGCCGAGCAGCAGGAGCUGGAGGAUGAGCAGCGGAGGCUGUGUGACAUCCAGCCCUUCCUGCCGGUGCUGCGCCUGGUGGCCCGGGAGGGUGACCGGGUGAAGAAGCUUGUCAACUCCCAGAUCAGCCUUCUCAUUGGCAAAGGUAUACUCUCGGGUCUCCAUGAGUUUGAUUCCCUGCGGGACCCAGAGGUGGAUGACUUCCGCACUAAGAUGCGCCAGUUUUGCGAGGAGGUCGCUGCUCACCGCCAGCAGCUGGGCUGGGAGGACUGGCUGCAGUAUAGCUUCCCCCUGCAGCUGGAGCCCUCGGCACGGAGUUGGCGGGCUGGCAUACUGCGUGUCACCAACCGAGCCCUGCUGGUUAAUGUGAAGUUCGAGGGCAGUGAGGAGAGCUUCACCUUCCAGGUAUCCACCAAGGACAUGCCCCUGGCACUGAUGGCCUGUGCCCUCCGAAAGAAGGCCACGGUGUUCCGGCAGCCUCUGGUGGAGCAGCCUGAAGACUAUGCCCUUCAGGUGAACGGGAGGCAUGAGUACCUCUAUGGCAACUAUCCACUCUGCCAGUUUCAGUACAUCUGCAGCUGCCUGCACAGCGGACUGACCCCUCACCUGACCAUGGUCCAUGCCUCCUCCAUCCUUGCCAUGCGGGAUGAGCAGAGCAACCCUGCCCCCCCAGUCCAGAAACCACGCACCAAACCUCCCCCAAUCCCUGCUAAGAAGCCAUCCUCUGUGUCCCUGUGGUCCCUAGAGCAGCCGUUCUGCAUUGAGCUGAUGGAGGGCAGCAAGGUGAAUGCCGAUGAGCGGAUGAAGCUGGUUGUGCAGGCCGGGCUCUUCCAUGGCAAUGAGAUGCUGUGCAAGACCGUGUCCAGCUCAGAGGUGAAUGUGUGCUCAGAGCCCGUCUGGAGACAGCGGCUGGAGUUUGACAUUAACAUCUGUGACCUGCCGCGCAUGGCUCGGCUCUGCUUUGCGCUCUAUGCUGUGGUGGAGAAGGCUAAGAAGGCGCGUUCCACAAAGAAGAAAUCCAGGAAGGCGGACUGUCCCAUUGCCUGGGCCAACCUCAUGCUGUUCGACUACAAGGACCAGCUCAAGACUGGGGAACGCCGUCUCUACAUGUGGCCCUCUGUCCCAGAUGAGAAGGGAGAGCUGUUGAACCCUGCGGGUACAGUGCGCAGUAACCCCAACACGGAGAGUGCCGCGGCCCUGGUCAUCUUCCUGCCUGAGGUGGCUCCCCACCCUGUGUACUUCCCUGCUCUGGAGAAGAUCCUGGAGCUGGGGCGUCACGGGGAGCAGCGUGGCCGCAUCACAGAGGAGGAGCAGCUGCAGCUGCGCGAGAUCCUGGAGCGGCGGGGGUCUGGGGAGCUGUACGAACACGAGAAGGACCUGGUGUGGAAAAUGCGUCACGAAGUCCAGGAACACUUCCCAGAAGCACUGGCCCGCCUGCUGCUGGUCACCAAGUGGAAUAAACACGAGGAUGUGGCCCAGAUGCUCUAUUUGCUGUGCUCCUGGCCCGAGCUGCCUGUGCUGAGCGCCCUGGAACUGCUGGACUUUAGCUUCCCCGACUGCUACGUGGGCUCCUUCGCCAUCAAGUCCCUGCGGAAGCUGACGGAUGAUGAGCUUUUCCAGUACCUUCUGCAGCUUGUGCAGGUGCUCAAAUACGAGUCCUACCUGGACUGCGAGUUGACCAAAUUCUUGUUGGAUCGAGCCCUGGCUAACCGCAAGAUCGGCCACUUCCUCUUCUGGCACCUCCGCUCUGAGAUGCAUGUACCGUCCGUGGCCCUGCGUUUUGGCCUCAUCAUGGAGGCCUACUGCAGAGGCAGCACACACCACAUGAAGGUGCUGAUGAAGCAGGGGGAAGCACUGAGCAAGCUUAAGGCACUGAAUGACUUUGUGAAGGUGAGCUCUCAGAAGACCACCAAGCCCCAAACCAAGGAGAUGAUGCAUAUGUGCAUGCGCCAGGAGACCUACAUGGAGGCCCUGUCCCACCUGCAGUCUCCGCUGGACCCCAGCACCCUGCUGGAGGAAGUCUGUGUGGAGCAGUGCACCUUCAUGGACUCCAAGAUGAAGCCACUGUGGAUCAUGUACAGCAGCGAGGAGGCGGGCAGUGCUGGCAGCGUGGGCAUCAUCUUUAAGAAUGGCGACGACCUCCGCCAGGACAUGCUGACUCUGCAGAUGAUACAGCUGAUGGACGUCCUGUGGAAGCAGGAGGGCCUGGACCUGAGGAUGACCCCCUAUGGCUGCCUCCCCACUGGAGACCGCACGGGCCUCAUUGAGGUGGUCCUCCACUCGGACACCAUUGCCAACAUCCAGCUAAACAAGAGCAACAUGGCGGCCACGGCUGCUUUCAACAAGGACGCCCUGCUCAACUGGCUCAAGUCCAAGAACCCCGGGGAGGCCCUGGAUCGAGCCAUCGAGGAGUUCACCCUCUCCUGUGCUGGCUACUGUGUGGCCACAUACGUGCUGGGCAUUGGUGACCGACAUAGUGACAACAUCAUGAUCCGGGAGAGUGGGCAG